ACCAGCACAAGUCCAUAACCGCUCCAGUCGUGUUGUGAGAACGUUCUGCAGUUUGUUUUGACUCGCCGUUUCCAUGGAUACCAUAAACUGAACUGUGGAGCUGUUAUGCGGCUUCCAACGUCAACGAAAGCCUUUUUAAUGUCCUAAAACGAUUAAUUGACGGGCUUUUUUGACGGUUAAUUUAAGGAAACGUCAGGAAGAAGACACAAAAGUCGAUACAGAAAAUGUCCUCGGCGUGGAAUAACCACGGGUUGCCAUUUUUACCUGGAUACACAUUUCGGGAUGUAACGAAGUCCGCCUUCCACCGGCCCCAAACACUCAGCUACAACAAUGGCUAUAUUCUGCCUCAACGCCCCACUGUGGGCAUUGGGAAGGAGCCUCUUCUAUCAGAGCAACUGAAUCAACAGGACUUCAAUGAACUGUCCUUUGAGACUCCAGACAUUGCAUAUGCCACAGACGACCAGCCACAAUAUGAGGAAUUCGUCCCAGCUCACGUGGCACUCCAUAAGAAGAUCCUUCGGUUCGAUGGCUACUUCUUGGAGGAAAUCGCGUACUCCCCUGAAGAGGAGCACCGUGUUCGCCCCGUGGUCAUUUAUUACUACCUUGAGGAUGACAGCAUGUGCAUCAUGGAGCCAGCAGUGGAGAACUCUGGGAUUCUACAAGGGAAGCGGCUCAAACGUCAGCGUUUCCCAAAGAAUGAGCGCGGGGAGCAUUACCAGUGGAAAGACCUCAACAUUGGAAUGGACCUGGAGGUGUAUGGGUUCAAGUACCACAUCACGCAGUGUGAUCCCUUCACUAAGGAUUUCAUGGAGAGUGAGGGCAUAGUUUUGAAUGAGCCAGAACCGAUUCCGGAAGAUCCUUACAGCAGACGUCGUAAAAAGCCAAACCUACAACUCUCCCACACCACCCCUUCCACGUUUGACAAACUGCACUACUUUCUUAAUAUGGACCGCAAGGUGCUCCGAUUCUAUGCCUUAUACGUCACAUCUGACGAUGUGUACAAGGAUACCUGGCCUGUUAUCAUUUACUAUUACCUAGUGGACGACACAGUGAAGAUCAGAGAGGUCCACGAACGCAACAAUGGUCGGGAUCCUUUCCCUCUUUUCAUGCACAGACGGAGGAUACCUAAAAAACUCAAACCAGAGAUUUUCCCAAGCUGUGUGAUGGAGGUCUCCAAGGAGUAUGUGGAUGAGUAUUAUUCCCCCAAAGACUUUGAGCUGGGUCAAACCGUGAAGCUCCAGAACCACCAGUUCUUGUUGCUCAACUGUGACGGCUUCACUAGGGAAUAUUACAAGGAGAACUACCCAGACAUGGUCAUGGAAGCUGUAGAGAUACCAAAGACGGAGGAGGUGAAGAAAAAGGAGAUUCCACCCUACAAUGGAUUUGGCUCUCUUGAAAACUCUCUCCAGAAUUGCCUUUAUGUAACACCCAGGCCUCCCAAAGUGAAAUUCUUGAAAAACUUAGAGAACGACCACAAAGUGCUCCGCUACACGGCCCAACUGGACUCCUCAUCUCCUUCAGAUGAAGGCCGGUGCUUCAUACUCUCCUACUACCUGUCUGACGACAUGAUCAGUAUUUAUGAAAAGCAAACACGCAACUCCGGCAUCAUUGGCGGGAAGUUCCUGGAAAAGACCCGUGUUCCCAAGCCAGGCUCUAGUGUGGAUAAUCCUGAGUUCUACUCACCUGCAGACCUUGCUAUCGGAGCCACUAUCGAGAUUUUCAGCCAUCGCUUCGUUCUGACCAACGCAGACCUCUACGUGCUUAAAUAUAUGGAGUCCAUCUCAAACCAGAUCCCUUCUCAGACUCUGGAAUCAUUGAGACAGAAGCUAGGAGUGGAGAUGGCAACGGACAAGCCGGUGGAACAAAACGGUGAAACAGGAUCGGCUUCAUGACCUAAAGGACAUCCUGGAUUUUCCCCCCCUUAAAGU